GCACCAUGGCAUUCCUUUGGCUUCUUUCCUGCUUCACCCUCCUGGGGGCCGCCUUUGGCUGUGGAGUCCCCGCCAUCCACCCUGUGCUGAGUGGCCUGUCCAGGAUUGUCAAUGGCGAGGACGCUGUCCCCGGCUCCUGGCCCUGGCAGGUGUCCCUGCAGGACAGCACCGGCUUCCACUUCUGCGGAGGCUCCCUCAUCAGCGAGAACUGGGUGGUCACUGCUGCCCACUGCGGUGUCAAGACCUCCGACCUGGUGGUGGCUGGGGAGUUUGACCAGGGCUCAGAUGCAGAGGACAUCCAGGUGCUGAAGAUUGCAAAGGUGUUCAAGAACCCCAAAUUCAGCAUGCUCACUGUGCGCAACGACAUCACCCUGCUCAAGCUGGCCACGCCCGCCCGCUUCUCCGAGACCGUGUCCGCCGUGUGCCUGCCCAGCGCCGAGGACGACUUCCCCGCCGGCUCCAUCUGCGCCACCACCGGCUGGGGCAAGACCAAGUACAAUGCCCUCAAGACCCCUGAGAAGCUGCAGCAGGCCACCCUGCCCCUGCUGUCCAACGCCGACUGCAAGAAGUACUGGGGUACCAAGAUCACCGACGUGAUGGUCUGCGCAGGCGCCAGCGGCGUCUCCUCCUGCAUGGGUGACUCCGGCGGCCCCCUGGUCUGCCAGAAGGACGGUGCCUGGACACUGGUGGGCAUCGUGUCCUGGGGCAGCGGCGUCUGCUCCACCUCCACACCCGCCGUGUAUGCCCGCGUCACCGCCCUCAUGCCCUGGGUCCAGGAGAUCCUGGCUGCCAACUGAGCUGUGGGUGCAGUGACACAAACCCGUUCCCCAGAACCCCCAAUAAAUGCAUUUGUACAGGAGCGCU